AAUACCAUGAUUUGUCACUGGAAGAAAGGAGUUUACUGUACAGUAUACUACUAGCAGAUAACUUUACUUUGCAUGUCAACGACAGAUCAUUCCUGAACAAUUUUAGAAAAAGAUUCUUUCCUGAACACAUCUCAUUUGAUGAUUCUAGUAUGGAUAAUUUACCUGCUGAAAUCUUAAAAACACAUGACAGUUUGCAGACCUUCACCUCUGAGAACGUCAGAAAUGACGUCAUGUACGCAUUUGUGACAGAGUGCCUCGUUUUGGACAGGGAUAUGGAUGUGUUCCUUGAAACAGUGUCACGUUCCUUCAUAUCAGAAUUCUGUAGAUCCUGGGGAUAUGAAAGAAGAGAGGGGGAGAGGUGUAUAUAUAUUCAUCAACCACGGCGAGAUAGUCCGGAGAAGAGGUUUGAGCUCUUUAUUGACAGGCUAGGAACGGACAUUAUAGCACACUGUACAAUGUCAGAUUGGAGCGCCCAUAGCAGUGUCGCUAAACGUUUUGAGGUUCCUAGUGAAAUAUUGAAAUGGGAUCAGGAGGCGAGAGAGCGGUACUUAGAAUAUGCCAGACGAGGAACGCAGACGGUGCACCACGCAAGGGGGAUGAUUGUGGGAUGUGCUGGAGCCGGAAAAACCACGUUACUGAAACGCCUGCUGGGGUGUAGUCAUGAAGAGAUACAGAAUGUGACGUCAACAGAGGGACUAGAAGUCCACGAGGAAAUAUUUGAGAUACGAAAUGGGAAACUGAAAGCAAUGAAAGAAGACAACGAAAAUAAAAAAGAAGAAACACUGGAUGGUAUUAAAAAAUUAAGUUUCUUCGACUUUGGAGGGCAGUGUGCUUACUAUGCCUGUCAUCAGAUCUACCUGACAAGGAGAGCUUUCUAUAUAGUGGUCGUGGAUGCUUCCAAAAAGAUGGAGGAAGAGGUGGACACUAAAGUGUGUGACCAAUCCGGCAGUGUUUUCCAUGGAUGGACCUAUGGAGAGUACUUUGUGUUCUGGAUUAAGUCAAUACACACCUACUGUGGUAAAGAGAAUGAAGGGGACCCCAAACCCGUAGUUCUUAUUGUGGCGUCUCACUGGGAAAAGGAGACAAGACAAUAUGAGAAUGAAGACACUUUUAUGGAAUGUCUACAGAAACAAUUUCCUGUCACCUCUAAUUUAUCGCAGUACGUAGUUGAGGAUAACUGUUAUUUCGUACAGUUUCCAGUUCUGCUCAAUGAUCUACAAGAACGUCUUGUCAAAAUUGCCUCUGAUGAACGAUGGUCGGAGAUCAUUCCAAAAGAAUGGGCAUACUUUGAAAUAGAAAUAAAUCAGACCAAACAUUUAUAUCGAGUUUUAAACGUUCUGAAAUUAGCAACAAAGAUUCCGGAGAACCCCAAUCAACAGAACACAGAAGACAAACUGAGAUCUACUAAGGAUAUGCUGAGAUAUUAUCAUGAUGCAGGGAAGGUUCUUUAUUUUAAUGAAGAAGGACUUGAGAAAUCUGUUAUCAUGGACGUGCAGUGGUUCAUUGAUGCGUUCAAACACAUCAUUACGGACAAGUUACACCUAAAAGGUAUUGAUGCAUCUAAACAGGAAUGGAAUGAAUAUUACGAAACUGGACAUCUGCAAGAAGGUCUAUUGGUAGAAAUUUGGAAAAAUAAAGAUGAUAUCUUACAUAAACAGCUAAAAGACAAAGAUCCAAAUUACAAAAUGAAAACUGGAUUGUAUUUGAAAGAUCAACGAUACCUACUCCAUCAUAAAGAAUUACUUUUGAAAAUUAUGCAAAGGCUUGGUUUGCUGGCCAUUAGGAAACCAUCGUACUACGUUCCGUGUAUGAACCGGAAAGAGAUGGAGGAAGGCAUUCCAGCUCUUAUCAAUGAGACGAAGAGCAAAUCAUCAGUUCUUAUUUAUCAUUUCACUUUUUUGCCAUAUUUCUUGUUUUUUCGUCUUGUUGUUGCUUGUAUGCAAGAAGAAGGUUGGAAUGUAUUGAUAUCUCGCGAUACGCCAUGCCUCUACAAAAAUGUAGCUUUAUUUUCUUCAGAUGGUUACAAUAUUGUUCUCUCGGUCACAGCAGCAUCUAUACAGCUUCAAAUAUUUCAAUCUGAGGAAGGAAAUGAUUUGGACAAGACUAAAACUUUCAAUAUUCAGGACAGGAUUGAAGGUGUUUUAAAUGAUAUUACUGGGACGUUUCACAGAAAGAUUGCAUUUGUUAGAGGAUUUAAAUGUCAAAAGGAAGAAAAACAAACGAUUGCUAUGGACAUAGAAUGACACUUUUUGCCAGAAAAUGAAAUUCGGAAAGGGGAUGAUGUAUUAUGUCCUUUGCACUCCAUUACUAAUCGACAUUCCCUAAACACAAAUGAGUUAACUAAAUACUGGAGAGUGUAAAGUAUCGAGCUUUCCCACUGUUGUGUAAGCAUAUGAAAACU